AAAAAUUUAUAUAUCUUUUUUUUUUCUUUACAAAAAAAAUAUGUCACUACGCAAUGAGGAAUCGCCAUGGGCAAUACUUGACCCUGCUUUGAAAAAACCAAAAUUCUUUGAAGAAAACUCUGAACAAGCAAAACAAAACACCUAUUUAGAUUAUACCUUACCUUUACCAGAAACGAAUAAAAUAAAAAAAGCAAUUGAUAAAAAAAAAGAAUCCGAUUUGGUACCAACAUUGUUUGAAGAGAUUGAAAAUGAGCUGAUGCAUCAUCGAUAUGACAUUUAUAUAGAAAAACUAAAUACUUUCAAAAAGCAACUGAUAUCGAUUGAAAAAGAAACACAUAAAGAAAUUAUAAAAAGCGACAAAAAAGCACUGGCAAAAGUACAAGAAGAUUUAAGCCAAAUUGAAGCUUUUUAUCAAUACCAAUUAGAUGCACUCGAGCGCGAUAUUGCGACAGAAAAAUCCAAUAUCUUGCAUGAACAUAAAAAGUCCUUGGAACUUACUCGAAAAAUCAUUGCGCUUGAAAAAAAUAAUAUUUCAAAUCAGCCUAGUAUAAAGAAAAAGAGGCGAAGAUCAGAAAGUGAAGAAGGUAAGACAAUAUACAAAGAACGAACACUUAUUUUUUUUAUAAAGAACGAAAAAGAAAAUGGCAUCUUCAACAAGAAAUCAGCAAAAUGCAGGCCAAACUUGGUCAACCAAAGAAAUUUAAAGGGGCUAGACCAGAAGAUUCUUUAGAUACGAUGAACGAAAAAGAACUUGAACAUGAUUUAUUACUUAUUAAGCAACAAAUUCAACGCCAAAAAUAAGCAUACAAAGUACUCUUUCUUCAUAUAUAUAUAUAUAUACAUACAUACAUACAUACAUACAUACAUAUACCCUUGUUCAAUACUAUUUUACUCAG